CCCAAAGACAAGCUGCCCCAGCCUGCCCGGUCGAUAGGACGUUUCUUAAGGCAGACAGCCCCCCUCAAGGUUCUAUUCUCUAUUCUUGGGCUAUACUCAGAGUUCUGACGGCGUGAUCUCUGUGCUACUUGUGCUCUUUGGAACCUGCGACCCUGUUUUGCAUACCUGCUUUCCUCCUGGGGUCAUCCAUGACCUUUCUGGCCCCUUCUUGACUCGUUGGAUCUGGUCACCGGACGCUCGCUCGCUACACUGGAACUCUGGAAUUGCCGGUUUGCGACCUGAUGGUCGGUUUGAGAAGAAGCUGAUUUCGAAUUUGCUGGACUGUCACUGUCGGCGUGUAGCCUUCGCCGGAACGCAACACUGCAACACGGCAACGGCUGGUCAGUCCGUGUCGUGCCGGAUUCCAUCUUUCCUCCAGAUACGAGGCGUUACAGACGACAGAGUCGCUCGCUGUUUGGGGCUCUGCACGGACGGCCAGGUGAGCAGCCGACGCCAUGGCAAAAGGAAACAUGCAGCAGUUCAUACACGAGCCAUUCUCCUGCCAGACACGGCACGGAGCGACCCAUCAGACACAGUGUGACGCGGAGAUAUUUUCGCUCGUGCGGAAUUCGGACUAUGUGCCGCCGAAACCGUCCGAGUCUCGCGCUGGCGAGGAGCCAACCGCGCCGCUCGAGUCGCGGAUCGCCUUGGGCUACCUGACGGUCAACGGCCGCGAAGAGCCCGUGUUCGCACCCAUCCAGGGCUUCGAGCACUUAUUUGCCCACGCCGAUGUUGCCGCACCAUGGCCCCAGCAGAGUGGAGAGACCCAAGCCACAGCGACGACAGCAGCGCCCACAACCACAACCACAACAACGCAUCCUCCGUCGGUGGCGGCUCCGUCGAAGAAGUCGCGCAUGAGGAAGAGACGGCGUACUCGCAGUCAAAGCCACCACUGUCUCCAGGCCAAGGCUGCUGUUGUUGAAGACUGUGAAGCCGCCCAGGUCCCCAAGACGUUCAGCAUCGGGGACGUCAACUCGCUGCAGACCUUCUACGCCACGCGCUUUCGUGAGCUGACUAUGAAGCCGAUGCGCGACAUAGUGACUGCUUGGGUGAAGAGACUUGAACCAAAACGCCAGAAGAAGUACGGACCCUACCAGCGUUACGACCUCGACCCACGCUCAGACAAAGUCAAGAGCAUCAAACCUCGGUGGUGGCCGGCUGACAUACCAUAUGUUGAGCCUUCACAUCUCAAACUAGAGCAUCUGGUGCCUUUAGCUGUUGAUUUCAUGCUGGUCCACCGCCUCGUCGAUGAAGAAGUUGGCAAGCGGAAAUAUGCUUCUUGGAUAGAUCAGCUCCAGAUGGAUGCAGUUUACCUCAUCUCCUCCAAAGAUACGGAGCAUUUCUCGUCGUCCAAGGGCACAAAGUAUAACGAAGCCAUGAAGAGACGAGCCCUGGAGAUCAUAUUGCCAAGCAUAUUCGACGUUGCCAAGUCUCACGAAGACUAUAUUGCUCAGUAUGACUUGUACGAAGGCUCGGGGAACAUGGACCCUGGCUGCGGGAAGCAGGUUUCAUGGCUGGCUACUCCUCGACCUGACCGUGGACUCGUUUUCAAGCGUCGGGCUCGUCGGUCCAUAAAAGUCGAACCACUGUCCGACGAUGAGGGUGAUCUGACAGAGGUGGACGAGGAAGCUUUUGAGCAAAGUUCGACAUAUUCGUCAUUCCACUCGACCGAAGGAGCUUCUGAGCCAAGCUCGACAGUUUCGUCAUUCCACUCUACGGAAGAAGCUGCUCAGCCAAGCUCAGCAUUGUCGUCGUUCGGCUCAACACUGUCAUUCGACUCAGCAUUCAGCUACACCGAAGACGUGAAGAUGUUCCCAGACGAUUUGCGCAUGGACCCAUCACCUGCGCCAGAACAAACUUCAUCUCAGUGUCUUUACCAGGCCCUCACUACCACCUCGGAAGGGACCAUGGUCCCUACGAUCGGUCGACCAAUGGAACGUCUCCAAGGGUACGAGACAGAUUCAAAGGCACAUUCGGCCUUUGGCAUGACCUCGUCCGCGACCGAUCUGAUCUCACACUGCCGCACAGGCCUUCCAUACGGCUAUUCUAAUUACCCCCAUAUGACACAGGCUCCUUUUCCUGUUCACGAAUCCAACGGCUUUUCUACUUGUGGUCCACUAGUGCCGCAUAAGAUUGCGGCUGUCAAUGAUCAUGGCCUACCAAAUAGCAGCCAGCUGCAUGGCUUACCUCUGCAGCAGCAGCAGCCUACUCAUAGCUAUGAUUCCCACGGACUGCCUCUUGCGAUGGACUGGAUCGAUGAACUCUAGAUUUCCUACUUUGCGUGCUAAUUCUUGCCUGCUCUCUGGAUGGCACACCUAUCGAGCGACCCGGCGAGGCCCACGUCAACCUCCUACAAAACACCGUGCCUCCGACACGCGCAUUUCGGUCGUUUUCUAGCAUCAUACGACAGCAUUUCUUUGCCAUGGCACCCCACGCUCUUUCGAGUCGCAGCCUGCUUCGGCAUUCUUCCAGCGACAUUUGGUAACUUGUCAUUUUCAUCGCAUUAUACCCGGUCACGCCGCCACGAUGCCACGACGCCACGAAUCAGUCAGUACCGGCAAUCCUCAGGUGGACGCAACACGGAUCAAAAAGGCCACAGGGCCACAUAGUGGAAGAGAGACGGGGAGGAGCAAAGACUCGACCCGUGGGAAGUAAUUUCGGUUUGUACAAUAGGUGUUACAGUUGGCUGCAUGUGUAUGGGUUUGUACAUAUAGCUAGAACCGGCCCUAGGCCCCCCUAAACAUUUCG